GACUUCUGUCUUGCGAUCAUCGGCCUCUUCAUACCUCCCUUGUCUGUCCUCAAGAGAACCGGGUGCGACCAUAACUUCCUCAUCAAUAUCGUCCUCACCUGCCUCGGCUGGACACCUGGCAUCCUUCACGCCUGGUACAUCAUCCUUCGCUAC